AUGGAGAGUGGAGCCGGGAAGCAUUGGACUGAGGAGGAGGUUAAAGCCUUGUUAAGCGUCUGGUCAGAAAAAAAUAUCAGAAAGCAACUCCAUGGCACCCUGAGGAAUAAAGGAAUAUUUAUCUACAUUGCUAAAAGGUUGCAGGAGUUAGGAGUUUGCAGGGACUGGAAACAGUGCCGUGCAAAGUAUAAAAACCUGAAGUAUGAAUACAGAACAGUUAAAUAUGCCCGCAACUCUGGAGACGUCACUAAAACCAUGAAGUUUUUCCAUGAUCUGGAUGCCAUAUUGCGAUAUGAACCUGUCACACAAUUAGCAGCAGAAGAAAACGGCAGGUGUUCUGCGACUGAGACGCAGCUGCACACAAGCCCCGCGACAGAGAGCGUUCAAGAAAUCCUUGAAGAUGAGGGGGACUUUACCAACUCCACCCCGGCAGCUCUGGAAGCUACACAAAUAAAGAAGGAGGCGAUUGACAUAGAUGAUGAUUCUAUAAGCACUACCUCAGAAGACAGAUCUUGUACGCCAGUAGCAAAACAGAUGGUCGGGACAGACAAUCACAUUCCCUUGGAAGAAGCACAAAAUCACUUUAAAGUUAUUACAGUUAAUGAUACUGGAGCAGGAAAACACUGGAGUGAUAAUGAAGUCAGAGCUCUGAUAAACAUAUGGUCAGAUGAAAAGAUACAACAAAUGCUUGAAGGUGCCACAAGAAAUAAAGAAAUAUUUGAGGAAAUUGCCAGAAGAUUAAUGAAACGUGGUAUAGACAGAGACUGGAAACAAUGUCGCACAAAGUACAAGAACCUAAAAUAUGAAUACCGUGCACUGCAGAAGGAAAAUGAGCAUCUUGGUAAUCCCAGGAGAAAAAUGAGAUUUUAUGAUGAAGUUGACUGUAUUUUAAGAAGACAGCCUCUGGGUCCCUCAAGCUGGGGAUGUGAAAGUUCAAGUCUCCUAUCAGUUUCAGUGGGAGAUGGUCCAGCAAACACAGGAUCCUUGGGUAUCAAGAGAAAAACAUGGAAUGAUGAGGUGUCACCUGUUCCACUUAAGAAAAGUGCUUCUGAAAACACCAUACUCCACUUCCAAAAACUAUUAACAGAGAGAGUGCACACAGUAACAGAAGGCAAAAAGUUACUGUUAGAAAGACUUUGUAAGCAGGAAGAAAUACAAGACCUCAACAGAACUCAGCUGUAUGCUGAUCCAUCAGCCAUACAACAGGUUGGUUUAAUGAACUUUCUAUGAAAUUAGCAUGCAAAGAGAUUCUCUCAGCUAGUAAGAAAUUAAAUAGACUUAUUUCUGAGUGUAGGUCACCCAUAUGAGUAUAUGGUUGCUCCCCUUUAAUAUAUUCACCUUCAGUCAUUUAAACUAAAACAAGGUAGGAGUUCCCAUCGUAACCCCUAACUAUGAGCUUUUAGCAGUGAUGUCAGCCUAAUAAAAGAUACAGCU